CGACAGAGUUGCCCGUCCGGCACCACGAGGAGGAUGUCGGCCACCGAGCAGAUGGACGAGCCCAUGGGUGGCAGUGCGGGGGAUCCCAGCCGCCCUGGGUCGGCGCGGCCCCGCUGGGGCUUGGCCCUUGCCGGCGUGACUGGCGGAGCGAUGCUCGCCGUGUACGCGCUGUGCCUGCCCUUCGUGCUGCCCGCGCUGCGCCGCGUGUGCCUGCCCUUUGUGCCGGCCACGGACGCGCAGCUCGGCAACAUCCUGAGAGCGCUGGGACCUGGCAGACGCAGGAGACUCGUGGACAUUGGCAGCGGCGAUGGCAGGAUCGUGUUGGCGGCAGCGCGCCAUGGGUUUAAUGCGGUGGGAGUGGAGCUGAACCCAUGGCUGGUUUUGUACUCACGGCUCGGCGCUUGGCGAUUGGGACUCAAGGGUUCGGCAUCCUUCCGCACGGUCGACCUAUGGAAGGUGAACUUUUCUGAGUUCAACAAUGUGGUGAUAUUUGGGGUGCCUCAAAUGAUGUCUCAGCUGGAGGAGAAGCUGGAGAAGGAAUUGAAGCAGGAGGCCGAGGUCAUUGCCUGCCGUUUCCCGUUCCCGAGCUGGGCCCCAGUCCGAGUGGAGGGUGAGGGCAUCGACACGGUGUGGGUGUAUGAGGCCACGGCACUGAGGUCUGCACCACCUACUGAAGACAAGGGUUCUUUCCCUGGAGAGAAGGAUCCAUUAUCCAAAGAGAAGAACGCUCACCUUGGAACACAGGCCAGAGAGAGCUAAUAUUGGUGUUUCUCGAAUUCUAAUUCUUCAUCGGUGGAUCCCUGUCGCUGCGUUAGCACGACUAAUAGGGGGGAGCAACCCGGCAUGAUUCACGAACAGAGUUCCUGGGCCCGGACCGGGUUCUCAUGGCAGCCUUAUUGGCUCAACCUGGCACCAAGUGUGGCCCAGGUGCUGAUAUCAAGUGGACCUGCUGAGAACAAGAUUCAUAAUGAGCUCACGAUUUCACCUGGGCUGCCUUUGAAGCAGUUGUGACCGCACUGGAUCAACACGGAAAGAAAGACGUGCAACAUGUCACUUGCUUAGUUCAAUAAAAAGAACUGUUGUCAACCCA